AUGGUGCUUCAUGCAAAGAAGGCCUCGCUCCUCCUGCGGUUUCGAGAAGACGACGCCAGCGACGACUUUUGCCUGGAGUUUGCCCUGGAUAUCUCCAUCAGACCCAAGGCGAAGGCCUCUGUUUCCCCACAAAUAGCUGGCCACGGCAAAUCUCCUUUUUUGGGCGGGCUCCCAAGCACGCAGGUGGCUCCUUUUGAAAGAAGCCCCAAACGAGCAAUGCACCCGAUAUUCGAGGCUCUGACUGAAGAGAGUAACAAUGUUCAUACGCCAUUGCAAGAGAUCAAGGAGCCGUUUCCUCAGAGACGCAAAACGUCAGUGAAGCUUUCGCUCACGCCUGCUCAGCGUGUGGGCAAAUCUUCGGCGCUCAGGUCCAGCAAUGCCUUGGAAAACUUCAGGUUCUACGAGAAGGUGGGCCGAGGCGCCCACGCAGAUGUGUACCGGGCCAAGAACCUCAGAACAAACCAGAUAGUGGCCAUUAAGCAGAUCACGCUCGACAAGGACUACGACUUGCGUGUGCUCAUGGGUGAAAUCGAUCUUUUGAAGAUCUUGAAGCAUGACAAUAUCGUCAAGUACCAUGGCUUCGUGAAAACGCUGCACUCACUAAAUGUGUUAUUGGAGUACUGUGCUGGCGGGUCACUUCGUCAAAUGUACAAGAAAAUUGGCCACGGCUUCUCUGAGGGGCAGAUUGUGCUGUAUGUGAAACCGAUUCUCCGAGGACUAAGCUAUUUGCAUGAACAAGGUGUGGUCCAUAGAGACGUCAAGGCCGCCAAUGUGCUUCUCACGGGUAGCGGCGACGUGAAACUCGCUGAUUUUGGCGUGGCCACCAAAGUGGCUACUCUGCAUAACACUGUGGUAGGCACACCAAACUGGAUGGCGCCAGAAACGGUGUUGGGAGGCGACGGGAUCUGUACUGCGUCUGAUGUUUGGUCUUUGGGCGCCACUAUCAUCGAGCUCUUCACUACAAACCCUCCUUAUCAUGAGUUGAACCCUAUGGCAACUUUGCAUGCUAUUGGAACCGAUGACCACCCACCGCUACCGUCAGGUCUCUCUCCGCUAGCUAAGGAUUUCUUGCUCGAAUGCUUUCAAAAACAACCCACUCUUCGUGUGUCAGCGAAGAACCUACUUCGACAUCGCUGGAUGGGAGAGAGUGAUCUGGCUCAUACUACGAAGUGGGACACAACGCUGACCCGAUCUUCGAAGGGGAAAAGUAUGGAAGUGGAGAGCCAUAAUGACAGUAAAGCAGCAAGUCCGUCAAGAGAGAGAUACACGCGGAACGAGCUUUUAAAAAAGUUUGCAGAAAGAGAAGAUGACCUGGACUUCGCUAAGACCGCUGAUACAUCGUUCAGUUUGAAAUUGCAAUCGAGAGUGGAAAUCGAGCAGCUGGCGUCUGAAGAAAGUGACCCAUUCGUGGAGCUCUUGGUCGACAACUUCGACACAAACGAGCUCGAAGUGCAGAGCAAAAUGGAACUUCUUUGUCAGAAACUUAUCGUUCGUGUGGAUACCUGCCACUUUGGUCAUGAAGAAACGGCACAGUCACUUGUUAAAAUCACAGGUCGGAUGUUGCAACUUGUGAAGAAAUAUAGUAUUCUGCAUGACACACUCAUACGAAAUCACGGUGUGCUAUCUUUGCUCGAGCUACUUGAGAAUGCACCAGAAAUCCCCGACCAGAAUCGCCUUUGGUAUCACGUACUUUCCACAUUGAACUAUAUGUUUGAAAACAAUCUGGCACAGCUCGAGAAUUUUGCACUCCUAGGCGGCAUCCCCAUGAUGACGCAGUUUUCGAAGCUCUCUUAUGGCCUACAGCCACGCUUGCAAGUAGUCAGGUUUAUUAAGAUUGUCCGGAAAUCUGACCGUGCUCUUGCUAUGUUUGUCUCCUCAGGAGGCCUACGUAUCUUGUCGAGAUUUCUCGAAGAGGAUUUUGAUAUUACGCCGGACUUUCCACUCGUUUCUAUUCACUGCAUUCAUAAGAUCCUUUCAAAAGGUAUCACUCGCUUUAAGUCAGAUAUGUGCCGCAUUCUUUCGAGGUACGGCAUUGUCUUUUGGUUUGUGGUUCUUCUCAACCGGCUCACGAAAUACCACAAAACGCCUGAAAGCUUGGUGCCUGAGGAAUAUGUCGAUAAUACCAUCGAUAAGAUUUUAGACGUACUCAAAUACUUCGGGCAGGCGGAGCCAAGGGUGAGAAUCAAUAUUGUAAGCCCCGACCUAGUGAAACUUCUCAUAAAAGUAUACCCUACGUUGAGUCUUAAGCGCCGAAUGGUUGUUCUCAAGUUUUUUCGGUCCAUCAGCUGCAUUUCAGAACUUCUUCGCGUUUUGCACCUGGCUGAUAUCUUGGAAUUCUUUGUAUCUAUUUUACGUGAACAUCCAGCUUACAGCUCGCAUUACAAGGAAGUUCUCAACAUUGUGUGCCCCUCCAUCUAUAAUUGCUGCUAUUUAAACCAUUCGAAGGAGCUCGAGCUCGUGAAACUUGGAGUAGUUCCUAUAUUUAAGGAGCUAUCGAAAAUUAACUUGCCGUUUAGACAAUUCGUAUUGCCUGUCUUAUGUGAAUUUGUCUACUGUGAGUCUUACGUCAGACAAAUGCUCUUUAAGUUCAACAUAUUCGAGGUGUAUCUCAAUUUACUCGUGGACCCAUACUGGCAGUCCAAUGCUUUGGACUCUAUUCUCCAUUGGUCUUCGCAAGAUGCAUCCUUCAAAUGGUUGGAUGAUGCGAAGGCAAGAGAGUGCCUACUCAGCGGGUUUAUGUUGUCCAAAGUUUCUAACCUUGAAGCUGCACUCAAUAACUAUCUUCAGCUUAUUAGCAUGAACGCUCAAGCGCUUUCGCUCAUGACCCGUGACUCUGUGGUAUCGCAGAUUCUUAGUAAGUUAACAUUCUACAAUCGAAAUCCAGUGGUGAAGUUGUCACUUCUUCGCAUUCUUCGUCAAAUCAUUUCUCAGUACACUGAGAGCGAAGCUAUGCUUAAUACGGAUGCCAUUGAGACGACACUACGUGCUAUUACCGUCACAGAGUCCUCGGUGUUAAUACAAGAUUUGAUUGCAAAAAUCCUCGACCUACUCGGGCAGCUGGUACUGCACAAAGGCGGGUGUUGCGAACCGAGGAAUCCUCAAAUUGUGGAGAAAGAGUGUUGA